AUGUUUGUGCCGCGGAUUGUGCUGGACAAUGGCAACAUGGUGUUCCAGGUGCCCAGCACCAAGAACAUCAGUUUCCGCACCAGCUCGGGGCGCGGAGGAAUUUUCCUCAAUGGACGUGACGUGGCUGAAGUCCUUGCCAAGGGAACCCGGUGUGAAGAGGACGUGGACGAGUGCUCCCACUAUGCCGGAAGUGAUCUCGGCUGCCAGAACAACGCCCGCUGCAUAAACACGCCCGGAAGCUACCGGUAUUGCGAGUGCGCGCGGGGAUUUUACGGGGCUCGCUGCACGGAGAGUCAGGACAGCUGCACGACAACGAGCUCGAGCGCGCUCUGCGACCACGGCACCUGCGUCAGCCUGCCACGGACGAACGACCCGCCGUACAUGUGCCUGUGCGAACAAGGCUGGACCAAAGGCUUCGGCCAGCCGUCGUGCUCCGUGGACGUGGACGAGUGUAGCACGGGCCACCACUUCUGCUCGAGAAACCCGCCCGUGGCCUGCAUCAACUAUCCGGGCGGAUUUGGAUGCGGACCCUGCCCGAGUGGUUACUCGGGAGAUGGCUACACCUGCUCUGACAUCGACGAGUGCCUCUUCAACAAUGGCGGUUGCUCACAAAAUCCUCGCGUUGACUGCUUCAACACUGUUGGCUCUCGCUUCUGUGGCCCUUGCCCACCAGGAUACGUUGGCGAUGGUGUGAGUUGCAAUUACGUGGGUGCUUGCAACGUCAACAACGGGGGCUGCAGUCCCAUUGCCACGUGCAUCGUUCGCUCCGGCACCUUCCACGAGUGUCGCUGUCCUCCGGGUUACAUUGGGAACGGAGUCGGGCCGAGCGGCUGCCUGCGCCAGGGCGAGCCCGGUGCCGGUGGCGGUGUGGGCCCGUCGCAGCCCAUCCCUGUGUUGCCCCCGGUCUUGGACCCGUGUGCCGCUCAACCUUGCAGGCACGGCUUCUGCCAGGUUCGGGGCAACGACUUCAUGUGCGUCUGCGAGACGGGUUACUCGGGCCGGCUGUGCGACCGCGCGGGCGACGGGUGUUCCAGCGCCCCAUGCCUGAACAACGGCACCUGCAGCGGUGGACCUGCGGGCGGGUUCGUGUGCAGCUGCACUCCAGAGUGGACGGGACCCACGUGCGAGGAACCGAGGCAAAGCUGUGAGGACACCAUCUAUGGCAUCAACGGUACCCUUCGCUACCCGGAAAACGGCGGGCAGUACACUCACAAGCGAGACUGCACCUGGAUCAUCCACACUACUCAGGAAAUGGUCCUGAACCUGACUUUCAGCGUGUUCCACCUGGAGGAGGGUCACGAGUGUGCCUUCGACUACCUGGAGAUCCACGACGGGCCCACGUCAUCGCGGCGCACCAUCGGCCGCUACUGCGGCACCUCUCUGAGCGGCAGCAGCCUGGUGUCGACGCAGUCGGCGCUGUACCUGCACUUCCACUCGGACAGCUCGGUCGGCGGAGACGGCUUCGCCGUCGAGUGGGUCAGCGUCGAACCCGAAUGCGGCAAAGUGAUGCCGGUGGCGAACGUGGGUUCGGUGAGUUCUCCGGGAUACCCUGACCACUACCCGUCGAACCGGAACUGCUUGUGGACGCUGUCAGUGCCGGCAGGAAAACGGAUCCAGCUUCACCUCGCUACAGUCCAGAUGGAACACCACCCCAACUGCUCCUACGAUUACUUAAAGAUCUACGAUGGUGCCAGCGAACAGGACCGGCAGUUGGCCGUCUUCUGCGGCACCAACAACACGGCUGGUGAACGUCCUAUCCUAAGCUCGGGUCACAACAUGCUCGUCCAGUUCCACUCAGAUGAGUCGAGCACCGACACUGGUUUUUACGCCACCUAUGCUGCCGUACCUGCGGUGCCCGGUUGCGGUGGCGUCAUGUCUCGCGACAAAGGCCGCUUCUCGUCGCCGGGCCACCCGAACCCCUACGAGAACGGGCUGCUCUGCGAGUGGGAGAUACGGGCGUCGCCCGGCGAGCGACUGCGGCUCACCUUCGAGCGCUUCGAGCUGGAGAGCCACCCGAACUGCAAGUGGGACGCCCUGGAGGUACGAUCUUCGACGGCAGCGACGACAGGUCACCGCUCCUUCGUCGUGCUUGCGGCGAUGGCACGCCCCCCUCCCGUGUCGUCGACGGGAAGCUCGCUCUUCCUCCGCUUCAAGACGGACGAGAACACGCGGCUCCAGGGUUUCAGCGCCCUCUACGAGACAGUGUGCGGCGGUCGGUGGACGGGCCUGCAGGGCGAGCUCACAUCUCCGCGCUACCCGUCGGUGUAUCCACGCAACCGGCACUGCAACUACACCAUUCAAGUGCCACCGGGCAAUGUCAUCAAGCUGGCGGUCCAGGUCUUCGACGUCGAAAAUGAUGAUGACUGCAACUACGACUACCUCGAGGCGAUGUGCCGCGCUUACUCGAUCAUCGACUCCGUAGGAUGCGGUGGUGUGCUCACCGAGUCCGGCACCCUGGCAAGCCCCGCAACUCGUGCGGCGGCCAGCGACCACGGCGACGGUGGGGACGACGGCCCAGGAGGGGGCAGUGCCGAGGCCUACCGGCACAACAUGAUGUGCCGAUGGAUCCUGCGCGCCCCGCCCGGACACACGGUGCGCCUGAGUUUCACGCACUUUGUGCUCGAGGACUCCUCAAACUGCACGUACGACUACGUCGAGAUACACGACACCUCGGACCAGAUGAUCGGAAGGUACUGUGGACUAAAGACUCCGCCGACACUGACGUCAUCAGGUCGGCAGCUGCAAGUAAUCUUCCGCACCGACGACAGCGUCACUCGAGAGGGCUUCCUCGCGCACUACAUUUUCCUCAACGAGAGGACGGCCUGCGGUGGCGAGUUCUACCUGUCCCAGGGCGUUGUCAGGUCCCCGCUCUACCCGCGUACUUACCUGAACGAUCGAGAUUGCUCGUGGGUGCUGCACGUUCCCGAUGGCCGCCAGAUAAGGCUUAACUUCACGCACUUCGACAUCGCCAGUGAGCCUUCCUGUCGGCCCAGCUACCUCGAGAUUCUAAACGGCGGCCAAGCGACGUCACCGCUGGCGGGCCGCUUCUGCCAACGCAGCGCCCCUGCGAAUUUCGUCUCUGACACCAACACUCUCCGGCUGCACUUCGUGAGCGGCAGCAACCAGGCUUCCACCGGAUUUGAAGUGUACUACGACAGCGCCCUGACAGGCUGCGGCGGGACCACGGGUGGUGCCUCUGGCAGCAUCGUCUCGCCCAACUACCCGCAGCCGUACGGUCACCUCGCUGAGUGCCGCUGGAACAUCCGAAUCAACGAGGGUUCACGUAUCGCUCUAGCCGUCGUCGACAUGGACAUCGAGAGGCACAUCAGCUGCCGGUACGACGCACUUGAGAUCUUCGACGGUGCGUCGGAUCGCGGAAAGCGCCUCGCUCAGCUGUGCAACGACCAGCAGAGGCCGGGACAGCUCCUGUCCACCAGCAACAACAUGUUCCUGCGAUUCCGCACCGAUGCUUCGGCUGCCGGGCGGGGCUUCCACGUAGUGUACGCGGCGCAGUGCAACGUGCGCAUCCAGAACCAACGGCACGGCGUCAUCGAAAGCCCCAACUACCCGGAGCCUUCGCCGCACAACGCCAACUGCACGUGGACCAUCGAAGCCUUCUCGGGGCACAACAUCUCCAUCGCGUUCUCCUUCUUUGAGCUGGAGCACGACGCCAACUGCACCUUCGACUAUGUGGAGCGAGAUCUCAACUUUAAUCUUCCGACCCAUCUUCACACCGACUUGCCGAUCCCGGUAAUAACCGCCGCGCGGCGUCAUCCGAUCCAAUUACCGACAGCAAACAAAAAAUGGACGGCUAAACUGAAAGUCUCGAAACAUGGUCUCUCAUUACCGUCGUCCCACAUAAUUGCCCAAUUCACUCCGCAGGUUAACGAAACCGACUCCGACGGCCAUUCCAAGCGACUGGGCCGUUUCUGCGGUGAAACCUCGCUGCCGACGCCCUUGGUUUCAUCGAAGAGCAUCGUGACGGUGCAGUACGUGACUGACGGCAGUGUCACGUCGCGGGGAUUCCGGCUCGAGUACGCGUGGCGGGGCUGCGGAGGCGUGCUGGUCAAGCGCAUGGGAGCCAUCGAGACCCCCAACUACCCUCACGGCUACCCCAAAAACACCGAGUGUCUCUGGAUUAUCAAGGCGCCGAUCGGACAGCGCGUCCUGCUCUCCUUCGAGGACAUGCACCUUGAGUCCAGCAGAGGAUGCCCCUUCGACUUCGUCAGGGUGUACUCCGGGCCCGACUUCACGUCCCCCAAGAUCGCCGAGAUCUGCAGCGCCUCGAGCCGCACCAGCGAGCUCAUAUCGCACGGCAACGAGAUGACGGUGCACUUCCGCAGCGACGUGUCGAUACAGGGCAAGGGCUUCCGCGCCACCUACCGGUUUGACAGGCGCGGCUGCGGCGGCCGCUUCUCGACGCCCUCGGCGGUGAUCAUGUCGCCCGGCUACCCGGAGAACUACGACGCCCAGGACGACUGCAGCUGGGAGAUACGCGUCGCUCAGGGUCACGUGGUGCAGCUACAGAUACUCGACUUCGGCAUGCCUGCCAGCACCAACUGCUCCGAGAGCUACCUGGCCGUUUACGACAACAUUCGCGCCGGCGGCGACAGAGUUUUGCUGCGUCACUGCGGAGACUCGCUUCCCGCUCAAGUGAAUCUCACCAGCACCUCCAACCAGCUUCGCCUGCGAAUGAAGGCUUCUGGGAUCUCGGCUGGAAAGGGCUUCAAGGCACGCUACAGCACAGGUUGCGGAGCUACGCUGGACGCGGACGAGGGAGGAAUCUUUGCCACGCAGGAGUAUCCGCACUUCAGCCCCGACUCGGACUGCACAUGGAUUAUUCGCACAUCGCAGCCAGACGAGCAGGUGAGCCUGACGAUCACGCACCUGAGCCUGCCGACCAACGAGUGUGCCCAUUCGAACGUCACGGUGCACGACGGGGACAGCACCGACUCUCCCGUGCUGCAGACUCUGUGCACUGCUCAGCUGCCGCCGGCCAUCGUGUCCCGGGGAGGUGCACUACUGGUGCACAGCUCGCAUGCGGUGCUCAGGGCCGCCUACAGCGCAUUCAGUUCCGGCUGUGGCGGCACUACCACUUCGCUGGAAGGUAACGUGGCCAGCCCUGGAUACCCGGACACGUACAUGCCAUCUCGUGACUGCGCCUGGAGGAUCAGUGCCGCCGAAGGGAACAUGAUGCUGCUCACUUUCCCGCUGUUUUCCCUCGAGGAGAGCGAGUUCUGCAACAAGGACUACCUGGAAGUCCGGGAGCGCAACGCUCACGGCCGAUUGCUGGGCCGCUUCUGCGGAGACGAGACCCCGAUGAACAUCACGCUCGCCAACGGGCUCUGGCUUAAGUUCCACUCGGACGACACGGACGUGGCGGCUGGAUUCCUGGCGCACUUUGCCACAAUGCGCAACGUGGACCUGGAAGGCACGUCGGGCGUGAUCGAGUCUCCGCUGUACCCGCACGAAGCGUUCGCGCUGGGAAGCUUCACCUGGCGGCUUCACGUGCCCGAUGACCUGUACCCGCGGAUCAGCUGGGACAACAUUUUCUCCACUGACGAGGAGUGCUGGACCAGCAGCAUCGUUCUCCUCGACGGCAUCGACGAGGGCUCGCCCGAGUUCGCGAAGUUCUGCGGCAGCAGGAAGCCGGAUCCCGUCGUGCUUCGCUCGUCGCACGUCCAGCUUCAGUUCACCUCCGGCGGCGGCUACUCCAAGUGGAGGAUGCGAUGGGAGGCCGUCAACAGCAGCUUCCUCCAGAGCAUGGAGCAAAGCAAAAGCGGAUCCGCGUGCAACUUCCACGUUGGACUGGCCAAUGCGACUUCCGUUGCCAACAUCACUUCGCCAGGGUUUCCGGAUACGUACGCAGACUUCCUCAACUGCAGCUGGUUUCUGGUGGCGCCCUCAGCACGUGUUGGCAAGAUCAGCUUCAACGUGGUUGACCUCAGAAGCUGGGAAAUGAUAGACAACUGCUUCUACGACUACGUCACAGUCUACGACGUGGAUCCCGAAGCAAGGUCCGAACGGCGCGUCCUGCGAAGCAUCUGCGGGCAGAUAGCGAAGACCGACCUGCCGGCGCCUAUGGUCAGCUCGACACGGUUCAUGAUGGUUCGCUUUUCGAGCACUGAUGCCAGUAGGAGCGAAGUGGUCGGCAAAGGUUUCUCGGCCAGCUUCCAGUCAGUGUGCGGCGGCAACAUCACCGAGCCAUUCGGCGUCAUUCAGGCGAGUGACAUUCUGGACACGGAGAUGCAGUGUCAUUGGCGCAUCAGCACCGACAGGAGGGUUCCACUGAAAAUCACGCUCGAAAGCAUCGACCUGCCGUCUGACGGAGGAGCAUGCAGGGACACAUUCAUUCAGAUUCUCAAUGGAGGGCAAAAAGACUCCCCUCCGCUGGGCCAGGGCAAGUUCUGUGGCAGCACAUCUAGACCGCAGGAACUCCCGAAGACAUCAUCACCUACGGCAUUCAUCAUCUACCGACGCAGCAGUCCGCAGAAGGGGCAAUUCCGGCUGAGGUGGGAGGAAUCGGGCAUCGAUUGCGGCGGGCCCCUGCGGCUAAGCAGGGAGCUCAAGACCCGCGAGGUGACGUCACCGGGCUAUCCACACGGGGCUCCCGCGCACGCCGUCACUUGCGACUGGACCGUCACGGGACCGUCCAGGUCGCGCAUCAGGAUCGACUUUCCCGACUCGUUCCACAUGCGCCAUGGUUGCCACGACGAGCCCAAUGAGCGCAGCAAGGACUACGUCGAAGUGUUUGACGGCGGCACCGCCAACGCGCCGUCGCUGGGGGUCUUCUGCGGCUCGGACCGGGGCGACAGCUUGGUGAGCUCCGGCAACCUGAUCGCGCUGCGCUACGUGCAGACCAACGCAGCCGGAGACUUCCUCGGUUUCAGGUCCACAGUCACGCUGGCCGAGUGUGGCGGCACGUUGUGGCCGUUCAACGAGCACAGCCGCAACUUGGAGGAACUGCGCGAGAAGCUGGCCGAAGGCUCGUACUUCGACUGCGCCUGGCAGCUGCGCUCGGUGGACCAGACGGUGAUCGCGCUCAGCGUGAGGGGGCUGACGCUCGCCGACAGCCCCGGAUGUUCGGGCACCGACUUCCUCGAGGUGCGCGACGGCAACCGCACCGGUCCCCUGCUGGCUCAGAUUUGCGGAGCGAACUCGUCGCUGGACGUGCAGUCAUCAGAGAACUCCAUGUUCCUGCGGGUCAAGCUCGGGUCUGGCACGCGCCACAACCCGCGCGCCCUAACUCUGCGCUGGCACUCCGAGUUCAGCCACUGCGGCGGGGAGCUGACGGCGGAGGAGGGCACAUUCACGAGCCCGGGAUUCCCGAGGCCCCUGGAAGAGCGCCGCCACUGCUACUGGACGGUGGCGGCUCCCGAAGGAAACCGGGUCUCGCUCAGCAUCGACGGAAACAUUAACGACUGCACGGCCAUGCUUCAGGUGAUGGAGCGCUUCUACCGACGCACAGUGGAGUGUGGCCGCGCACUGCCCUUCACCUACGAGUCCUUCCAAAGCCGCAUCGUGGUGUCGUACACUUUCCAGCGGCUCGCUGGUGGACAGGGAAUUCGCGUCACCUACGGCACAACGAAGGGACUGCCUUGCUUUCAGCAGCUGACCGAGAAGAGUGGAACGCUGGAAGCGCCCGCCGAGGCGUUAACGGCGGGCAGCCACUACGGAUGCGAGUGGUCGCUGGCGUUGACUCCCAACCAGACUUUGGCCGUAACGAUGGACAGCAUCAACUUCACCACGACUGAGAACGCAAACUGCAGGGCCGAGUUUCUGCACGUCUCCCUGCCAGAAUUAAAGCCCACCAUAAUGGUACGACUGCGUUCGAGACGAACCAUCCCAUAUGUGACGGUGCGUGAGCGAAGCGGUCGCCUGUGCCAGCAAGGGGACCGGGAAGUGCUCGUGCCACAGAACGAGCCAAUCUCCAUCCACUAUUCAAAGGCGCACAACCGAAGUUCAGGGGGCUUCUCAGCCUCGUACCGGGUAAACGACUGCGGUGGGCGGCUAAGCAUUCGCGACAACAUGGAGUUCAUCGCCACUCCGAGGUUUCCCGACAACUACCCGCCGAACACCGACUGCGUCUGGAUCAUCGAACCAGACGUCUGGGGCACGCAGGUCAAGCUCAACUUCAGCAGCUUCACCCUGGAGGAGAACUGCAGCGCCGACUGGCUGGACGUGAAGAGCGGCAACAACCCGCUGGCGCCCAGCGUGGACAAGUACUGCGGGCAGCGCGGCCCCGUAACCCUGGUCGGCACCGCGUUCAUGCUCAUCUUCCAUUCGGACGCCGUGGGCACCGCCAAGGGUUUCAACAUCAGCGUCACGGCCGUCGGCCUCGCGUGUGGUGGCCUGGUGCACGGCCGGGGCGAGCAGUCUCUGCAGUCUCCCAACUAUCCGAACCGGUACCCGGCCAACACCGAGUGUGACUGGACGGUGGACGUCCAGAAAGGCUACCGGGCACGGCUUGCCUUCCGAGGCCGUUUCGACAUCGAGGCCAGCACUGGAUGCAUCGCCGACUACGUCAAGUUGUUCAACGAAGGCCCGGACGGCCAGUGGGACCCUCACCCAGUGGGCAGCUACUGCGGCCUCGAGGCACCGCCGGCCAUCGAGGCAGCCACUCACCGGGCCCGUGUCCUCUUCCGCUCCAACGGAGACAUACAAGCUGAUGGCUUCCGCAUGACCGUCACAAAAGCCUGUGGCGACCGGUACGAGGACGACGAAGGCGAGAUCACCUCGCCGCGCUUCCCCGAGAACUACGCCAACAACCUCAACUGCUCCUACCUGAUCGUGGUGCCACAGGGUAGCCACCUGGAACUUGACUUCGACACCGACAACUUCGAACUCGAAAAUGCCGACACCUGCAAGUACGACAACGUAACGCUGUACGCGGGCAACUCGACGUCCUCGCCCAUUCUGGGUGGACCCUGGUGUGGCACCACUGCACCCGGAAACUACUCCGUCGCUUCUUCGGUGUUGGUGAUGUUCCGCACCGACUGGAGCAGCACCGGAAAGGGCUUCCGCCUGCGAUAUCGCAUCUCACACUGCGGCGGAAACCUGACCGCGGAGAGCGGCUCGUUCAGCCUCCUGCCGACAAUGGUGGACAGCGGGAGCGGCUCUACCCGGUGCACGUGGCACAUCUACGCGCCCGAGGGCCGAGUGGUCGAGCUCCGGCUGCAGCUGGGGCCCGACCAGCACGCCACGCACGCCGACUGCGCCGACGAAUUCGUGGCCAGUCGGGUGCUCGUGACGGACGGCGACAGCGACACGGACCCGCGCGUCGCCGUCUUCUGCGGCCGCCACGGAGGACCGGACCUCUUCAAGAGCACCGGGCGCGCAAUGACCGUCGUGCUGGCGGUCAACCCCAUGUACCUGGUCGGGACCGGAUUCAGGGCCUCCUACCGCACCACGCUCGGGGAGAAGCAGGGCUGUGGCGGCAUCCUCCGCCAGGAGUCCGGCGCGCUGGCCCCUCCCAGCCGAGACAGCUCGGGCAGUUACCCGGGCGGCCCGCUCGACUGCCUCUGGACGCUCGUCUCCCGCUCGGGUUACGGCCUCGAACUGAACAUCACGGCCCUCAACCUGGGAAGCGGAACGCUGCCUUGCAACGCCGCCAGCGCCGACAUGCUGGAGGUGUGGGACUCUCUCGACGAGCACCAGGAGCCCCUGAUUCGGCUGUGUGGUCAGCGACCUCCGGAGGCACCGCUGCGCUCGGCCGGCAACACGCUUCUCGUACAUUUUGUCACCAAGGCCAAGGGAGAAGGACCUGGUUUCGCUGCGGCCUUCAAAGAACUACCGCCGCUCUGUGGUGGCAGCGUCAACGUGAGCGGCGACUCGUGGCAGACCCUGCAGAGUCCGGGAUUCCCCAACGCGGCGCCGGCUAACGUCCGCUGCCUUUGGGUGCUUCGAGCACAGGAACCGGUUGUCGCCAGCGGGGUCGUGCAAACGUUCGACAGUGACGACGCCUUCCGUGACGUCACCAUUCGGUUGAAAGAAAUGCGCUUACCAUGCGAGGACGGCGCGUACUUGGCUCUGAUAACCACGCAGAAGUACUUGCAGCAGCCGCCCGUCCGCUUGUGCGGCCACAGCGUGCCCCAGGAGUGGCUGAAGCCUCACGCCUCCGCCAGCCGCGUGCAACUGCUACUCGACACUGGUCGCCGAGGUGGCCAGGCCAAGCUCAAGCUGGAAUACGGCACCAUGAGAGACGCCAACCUGACGUACAGCCAACCAAGUGGCGUCGUACACAACGUCGACUACCCGAGCUGGACAACCGUAGAUCAUCCGUUGUUGCUGACAAUCGCGCCUGUCAACGUCACAGCGACAUCGGCUCUCGCGCUCUAUUUCCUUCACUUCAACGUAGGCAACCCUGUGAACGGUUCCUGCCCCAACGUCUUCAUGCAGGUUCGCGACGGUGGCGCCUCUUCGAGGGUCCUAGCUCACGCGUGCGGUGACAUAAACCCUGGCCCGGUGUUCUCCACUGGAAACCACCUCAGCGUCAUCGUCAAAAACACCGCAGCCUCCCACGCUAUGGGCGGAUGGGCGGUUCGCUUCUUGAUCAUUUACUACAGCAGCCCGGAAGGAGCCCCAGCAGGUUGCGGCGGCAACGUCACGGCAAGCGAGGGCGCCGUGUCUAGCCCGGGAUACCCCACGACUGUCGCCGAGCGCCGUACGUGCACCUGGUUUGUGACGGGGCGCGCCAGGGCUACGCUGCAGCUGAGCUUCGUGGCGUUUGCCUUCAACUCGACCGCCGCCAAUUGCGACGCCAACUACCUGGAAGUCUACAACGGACACCAGGACGGUCCCGACGCCAAGAUUACGCGCCUCUGCGGCCAGGUAUGCCACGUGCGGAGAUUGCCGCUAGCAUACGAAACGACGAACUUGGCGUGGCCCUUUUUGGAAAGCUGCUUCCUUUUUAUUUAUUUAUUUUUUUUGACAGAAACAGACUGCAUGAUAUUAAACUACCCGAUUUUGAAUUUUGCCCAGAAGCGCGGUGGCGACACUAUCAGAAAUUUUGUGAUCUGCCGCAUAUAUGUGGGUGCUACGUCGGAAAGUCAACCAAGUAACUUGUGCAGGAUAUUUCUACGCAAGUUUCCUGGUUGAUUGCCUGACUAGCCCUUGUGCAAGGUAGCUGAUUUAUUUCAUUCAGACGUCAUCAAGUAGUCUCGUGCACAAGAUGCGACCUCAACAUGUGUAUCGUUUGAAAAGCUUCGGGACCUUAAAUGUAAGGCAGGCUGUCCCCUCUCAACGCUUUCCUGGCCUUUUUUUUGUGUGUGUUACCCCGCCACGUGCUGUCGGUUUUCGACCUUAUUCGACUGCCACUGUCGGUAAGAUACAAUAGCCUAACAUACAACACGGGAGUGAAGAAUAUCGAGAUAAAUCUGACCAUUGCAGUGGCUGGGAUGCUACGUCUGCUGCUGAGGGAUUCGCCACGGCCGUAGUUAGCUGAUUAUAACAAGAAGCAUUGAGAAAGGGGGGUGAGCGCAGUAAGUGGUCCAAGAAGCAUGUGACGUUUCGGCGCUCAUUGAUCGUGGAGGGAGAACGCCAAGCACGUGUCAUGCACGUGCAGCAUAGUGUAUAACGGAUCCCCCUGCCUUAACUGUGGACGCAUCUACAUCGGCCACAUCGGGAGGUGCGUGAACAAGCACCACACUGAACAUGCGUACAACCUCGAGACGG